CAUAUCAAGGAACCAUUUGAGUAUUGAGCUCGGUUGCAUUGUGUAAACAGACGCCAUUCAAGGCCGCCAUUGUUCGAAAAUAGGUUUUUGUAGAUUGAAAAAAAGCCGUAAAAAAUUUAAAAAGACCAGUUGAACACGUAAAAUUGUCAAAAGUAUGUUUCUAAAGAUACUGCUCAAGUAAGUUGAAAAUAUUUCGACGAAAAACUAUUUCAAAAAGACUCGAAAAGAAUCUCUUUAUUAAAAAGUGGCUCCUUGAAGACUGUUUGUCGAAGUGGUUUGGUGCUCAUUUUACCCCGAAACUCGUAGGAAUUUAAAGAAGAAGACUUGCUUAACUUCGUGGCUGUUCACGGGUAAGCGAAGGAUAAACAACUGUUAUAUUUUGCCAUUAUCUUGGCGCAUCGAAGUUUGGAGGAACCCUUUUCGGACAGGAUUUUGUUGCUUUUAUUAAAAUUUUGACAGAUUGAGAAGAGUGGAAUGACAGGACGUGCGAGAGGAAGGAGUAGGGGACGUGGAAGAACUGAAGGUCUACCACCAGGAGCUGGGAAUGUAGCCAGAAAACCAGGAGAAGCUGCCACAGCUGCCCCAGUUGGAAGAGGUAGAGCCAGAAGAACUCUAUCAGACUCAGUAGUUGCCUCACAAGCUGCAAUGGCCCCUCCAACUUCUGAAAUGGCACUCAUGACAGUGAGUGAGCAUCCACGUAGUCAGCAGCAUGAAGCACGACAAAGAGGAGGAAUGUAUAGUGAACCAGUGACCCGUCCUGAGGGUCUAAACAAAGAGGGUUCUACAGGGACUAAAGUACAGAUCGUUGCAAACCAUUUUAGAUUAGAAUUGACACGCCCAAACUUCACAAUGUAUCAAUAUAAUGUAACAUUCUCGCCAGAGGUUGAGUCCAAGAAAGUACGGUUUGGGCUCAUUGGAGAUCAAGAACGGCUGCUUGGCAGUGUCCGAACCUUUGACGGGAUGACAUUGUUUCUACCAAAAAAACUACCAGAUCYGAUAACGAAGAUCUUUGCAACCAGGAGGAGACGUGAUAAUCCAGAAGGGGAGCCAGUUGAGAUCACUAUAACCCUGACGAAUGAACUGCCAGCAUCCAGCCCAAUGAGUCUCCAUAUCUACAACCUCAUCUUGAAGGAGGUUCUCAAGAUGCAUAACAUGCAGAAAGUUGGAAAAGACUUUUUCUUUCCAGACCAAGCUGUAAAUUUUCCGCAGUAUCAUUUGGAGCUUUGGCCAGGAUACCAGACUUCAAUUCAGAGGUUUGAAACAGAUGUUCUACUCCAAAUCGACGUGUCGCAUAAAAUCCUGAGAAACCARACAGUAUUAGAUUUCUUAUAUGAAUUGCACCAGCAGGAUCAAAGAAACUUUCAUGCCAAUGCUAAAAGGAAGCUUAUUGGACAGAUCGUACUCACAAGGUACAACAACAAAACCUACCGAGUAGAUGACAUUAAUUGGGAUCUGAGACCCCAUCAUAAGUUUUCAACUUCACGUGGAGAGAUAAGUUAUAUUGAUUACUAUGCAAAGGCCUAUGAUAAGCAGAUAGCAGACAUGGAGCAACCAAUGUUAAUCAGCAAGCCCCAAAAAGUGUUUGGAAGGAAACCCAAUCCUGAUGACACAGUAAAUCUUCUUCCUGAGCUUUGCUACAUAACUGGUCUCUCUGAUGAAAUGAGAGCUGAUUUUACUAUGAUGAAGGAUCUUUCUGUAUAUACCAGGAUUGCACCAAAGCAGAGAAGUAUUCAGCUGAGCAAGUUUAUCAACAGCAUAAACAGCAAUGCAGAAGCCAGCCAAAAGCUUCAGGGCUGGGGUUUGCAGUUUGGGAGAGGUUUGCUUAAUCUAGAUGGGCGUGUCUUACCAACAGAGAAGAUCUUUAUGAGAGACAAAGUGUUCUCCUACGAUCCUAAGUCUGCUGACUGGAGCAGAGAGAUAAGAGGAAAUGCCCUUCACUCAACUGUAAACCUAGAAAAUUGGUUGAUUGUGCAUACUGUCAGAGACACCAACAUUGCUAUUGAUUUCAAGACAACGAUAGAAAGAGUCUGUGGACCAAUGGGUAUCAGAGUCUUUAAUCCAAGAAUGGUUGCUGUUCAAAAUGAUCGUACUGAGACUUACCUCAGAGCCCUGAUGAAUGAGUUAGAUAGAGACAGGCCACAAAUAGUGAUUGUCAUCGUACCAUCAAACAGGAAAGAUCGAUAUGAUGCGAUCAAGAAACUUUGCUGCCUUGAGAAACCAGUUCCAUCACAGGUGAUAGUGAGCAGGACCUUAUCAAAGAAACAAAUGUUGAUGAGUGUUUGUACCAAGAUUGCCAUUCAACUUAAUUGUAAGCUUGGUGGAGAGGCCUGGGCAUCAGAAAUUCCACUCAAGGGACUGAUGGUGAUUGGUGUGGAUACGUACCAUGACUCUGCUGAAAAGGGAAGAUCUGUUGGAGGAUUUGUUGCCAGUCUCAACCAAACUUUGACAAGAUAUUAUUCGAGAUGUACUUUCCAGCACAGUGGGCAAGAACUGAUCGAUGGUUUGAAAGUCUGCAUGACAGCUGCCCUGCGCAAGUAUCAAGAGAUCAAUGGCAUGCUUCCUAAAUAUAUCAUUAUGUUCAGAGAUGGUGUGGGUGAUGGACAACUGCAACUUGUUAUUGAGCAUGAAGUCAGCCAGUUGAUUCAGAGCUUCAACACUUUUCAAGCUGGGGCUGAGUACAAACCCAAGUUUGCAGUAGUGGUUGUUAAGAAGCGCAUCAACACUCGUUUGUUCCUGAAAGACCCCCGGGACACCAACAUGACAAACUUGAACAACCCACCUCCUGGAACUGUUGUGGACACAGCAGUUACAAAAACAGAGUGGUUUGAUUUCUUCCUCGUUAGCCAGUGUGUUCGUCAGGGAACAGUAACACCAGUCCACUUUAAUGUCAUCUAUGACUCAACAGCUCUUAAACCUGAUCAUUUCCAGAGACUSUCCUACAAACUUACUCAUCUGUAUUACAAUUGGCCGGGAACCAUUAAAGUACCUGCUCCAUGUCAGUAUGCUCACAAGCUGGCAUUCCUAGUUGGUCAGACGUUGCACAGGGAACCAGACCUGUCUCUUGUAGACAAGUUAUUUUUCCUUUGAAGUUGUCUAAAGUUAUAAGCUGAUAUAAAACAUCUUUGCAUUAUGUUUGAUUGCCAAAAAACUGGAAAACUCAUGGAUGUAAACUACACAGGAAAAAAGCUGGUGAAACAAAGCAUUGGAAUUAUAACCAAAAGAAGACAGUUUGCUAAUUUUGAUCAGUUUUUAUCAUAACGUGAUUUUUGUAACCUGCAAGCGAGGGUCAUAUGCAGUAAACCUCAUCAGUGAUUUUAAAAUCUAUACUCCAUUUAGGUCUAGCCAAUCAAACCUGAGGUAAAAAUGAUGAAUAUGAUUAAUGUGAAAAAACAUUUUGUUCGACCAACCGACCGACCGACCGACCGAUCGAUCGAUCAAUCCAUCAAUCAAUUAAUAAAGCAAUAAAACAAAUGAGAAAUAUAAUGAAAAAGCAUAAAUCUUGUCGGUCAAUCAAUCAAUCAAUCAAUCAAUCAAAUGUUUUUAAAAAUAGGCAAAAGGAUUUUUACAAAUCCAUGCAGAUUGUAUACAUAUGCUUGUUUCUAUAAAUGUUGGAAGAUAUAUUUUGUGUUGAUAACUUCUGAUCGACAAUACGGCGGCCAUCUUGGAUGGCAAGGUACUAUGGGGCAUUCAGGGGGCACUGAAAUAAAGCUUUGCUACAGUAAUAACGUCGAUUGAUACUAACCGCUCGCCACAAGAGAAUACAACAAAAGAGGAGUUAAACGACACAUUGAUCACCUUUACCCAUAAAAGAAAGACAAACACACGGUAAGAUGGUCGCCGUAUGAUCGAAGAAGUCCAUUUUAACGUACUUCUCAAAUACCAUUUUUGAACCAUGUGUAACGAUUGUGCAGUUCAGUUUAUUUGCCUUUUUUAUUACGACCAACUCGAAAACAUUAACGUAUUUGAAAAACCAUACUUUAAAAAGCAUUAACGAUCAUUAAUAAUUCAUAAGCUUAUGGUCCAAUUGGAGCCACCAUACACGUCACGUGAAUGAACCUUUAUCCCGAUAAAGUCCUCUUCAUUAGUAUUCAAGUGAUUUUAUAUAA